UGAUCAUUUGUGAAUCGUGGGUCGGUGAGCGCGCAACACGCAGUACGCAUCUUGCAGUCCGCAGCUCGCAGUUCGAAUAGCCACUCGAGAGCUCCCCAACGACUUCCCGUAUCUACCUGCGGUGUGUCUGUGUGUGAUUGUGCUAAGGUUUUCCACCGCGGUCCAAAAACCUUUUCUAGCCCGCUUUCAAAUAUCUGUCAUUUAUCUGCCCAAAACCCAGUUGCGUAAUUAAACAUUUUUCAAAACACAUUGAAGAGUGCUGCCGCUGCGUGUGCAAAAAAUAAAAUAAAAGAGAAUAUUGCCCGGACUGCUGAAUCAUACUAUAUUCCUCAUCGUAAAGUAGAUACAUAUACAUAAAUCAGUUUCUGGUAGCCUUCACACCGUCCACGUCAUCAUCCGUGGAAAAUAAAAGCCAACAAAUUUUCGAAAUAAGCAAAUUCUUAAAAAAGCUAACCGUAAACCAGUGCAAACGGAGAACGUCAAAAUGUCGAAGAACAACGGAAAAGGCGGCAAAGGUGAAUUCGAAUUCCCCCAGCCAGCCAAAAAGCAAACCUUUGGGGAAAUGAUCUAUAGUCCCCAGGAUGGAACUUUCUUCGGUAGAACUGGAAAGAAUUGGAGUCAGCUCUUGUUGUUCUACACCAUUUUCUACAUCAUCCUGGCGGCUCUGUUCACCAUCUGCAUGCAAGGACUGUUGUCCACCAUCAGCGAUACUGAGCCCAAGUGGAAGCUUCAUGACUCGCUGAUAGGCACCAAUCCAGGCUUGGGAUUCCGUCCCCUCAGCGAGCAGACUGAACGUGGCUCUGUCAUUGAGUUCGACAGCAAGAAGCCAGCCGAGAGCAACUACUGGAUCGAGUUGAUUGAUGACUUCCUUCGGGACUACAACCACACUGAGGGCCGCGACAUGAAGCACUGCAAUUUUGGCCAAAAGAACGAUCCCAGCGAUGUGUGCGUCGUGAACAUCGAUACUUUCGGUGAUUGCUCCAAGGCCAAUAGCUAUGGCUACAAGUCCAACCAGCCCUGCAUAUUCCUCAAGCUGAACAAGAUCUAUGGUUGGGAGCCUCAGGUGUACGAGGAAGCACAAAAGGACAUGCCCGAUGAUCUGAAGAACUACAUCAACGCCACGAAACCCGAAGAGCGCAAACAAGUCUGGGUGAGCUGCAAUGGACACUUGGGCAAGGACAAGGAGAACUUCGCGAACAUCAAAUACUUCCCCACCCAGGGAUUCCCCAACUACUACUACCCGUUCCUGAACCAGCCAGGCUACCUGAGUCCUUUGGUCGCCGUGCAGUUUAUCGCCCCGCCCAAGGGUCAAAUGCUGGACAUCGAGUGCCGAGCUUGGGCCAAGAACGUCAUCUACAGCGGCAGCGCUCGCGAUCGCAUGGGCUCGGUGACCUUCCAGGUUGUCGUGGAUUAAAUGCCUGGAGAUCGUGUCGGAAUCUUUGUGAUCGCCACCACAAACACUAGCCAUAUGCUAGACGAGGAUAUGGCAGCCUCAUCGCAGACCAACUACCAUUUACAUAGCCGCGAGAAAAAUACACGUAUUUGCAUAUAAAGAGAGUAUAUGGAGCUAGUAUCUUUAGGUUUUCAAGAGUAUUGUAUAUAUUUAUAUGAGAGGAAUUAUCCGAGUGUCAAUUGAAUCCGAAAUUCUGGCCCAACACGAACGAGUAAAGUUUAACAAAAUCAUGAAAUCAAAGUUUAAAUCGUCCACCUGCAACUGUUGUUAUAGCUUUUGGCUUGUCUAAUGCCAUAAGUUGUUAUUUUUAAUAUUUAUCUUAUUUGAUUAAACAGCCUUGUAAUUACGAUCAUUAGUUUCUGUCAGUUGAAUUUAGUUUGUAUUAAUUAAUUUUACAACACACCCGAAAUUCCUUGUGUUCUCCACAUUUCCUAGGAUCGUUCAAUUUGUACAAAGAACUAAAUAAAUAAAUUUUAAAUGUUAAUCUUAUACAAAACGGGAACAUCCUGCAAGUUUAUUUAAUAAAAAGUCCUAUGAUUAUUAUUUUUCUAUCUGGAAAAAUAUUGAGAGCCUUUAAUUUAGUGCAACUGUUUCAGCAGAAAACUACGGAAAAGCUAAAUAUCAAUGAUUGAAAGAAAUAUGGAAAUAAAUAUAAUAUAUUUAUAAUCAAUAAUUGUAAACUUUUUUGAAUAACACUAGCAAGUAACAUAAAUAUGAGCCAAUUAUUUCUUUUCUGUUGCUUUAGUAAUUGAAUAAAUAAACGAAAAACUA